AAAACAUCAAAACCCAGUCUCCAUCUCUCUCUCUCUCUCUCUCUCUCUCACAGAAACACAGAGCGAGAGAGACACACACAAAGAAACGAUGCAAUGGAGGUGGAGAGCCCUAAGCACUAUAACCAGAACUUUUUCCUCCUCCUCAGCUUCCACAACAGCAACGCCACCGCCCUCUGAAUUCCCCAAAACCCUCGAGGGUCUUCGGGCCCGGCUGGCCCGAGAAUCUCCGACCCUAUCGGAAUUCGCGUACUCCGUCGAAGUCGGCACCAAGAAGAACCCUCUGCCCAAGCCCAAGUGGAUGAAGGAGGCCGUUCCCGGCGGCGAAAAGUACGUUCAAAUCAAGAAGAAGCUACGUGAGCUCAAGCUCCACACCGUCUGCGAAGAGGCCAGGUGUCCUAACCUCGGCGAAUGCUGGUCCGGCGGCGAAACUGGCACCGCCACCGCCACCAUUAUGAUCCUCGGCGAUACCUGCACUCGCGGUUGCCGGUUUUGUAAUGUGAAGACGUCGCGUACACCUCCACCGCCUGAUCAGAAUGAACCGGGGAAUGUGGCGGAGGCUAUUGCUUCAUGGGGUUUGGAAUAUGUGGUGAUUACAAGUGUGGACCGGGAUGAUUUGCCUGACCAGGGGAGUGGCCAUUUUACUGAGACGGUGCAGAAGUUGAAGGCGCUGAAGCCAAAUAUGCUGAUAGAAGCCUUGGUUCCUGAUUUUCAAGGAGAUGCUGGCUGUGUAGAGAAAGUUGCGAAAUCAGGAUUAGAUGUCUUUGCUCAUAAUAUUGAAACGGUUGAAGAGCUUCAGAGUUCUGUGCGUGAUAACCGUGCUAAUUUCAAGCAGUCUUUAGAUGUUUUAGUGAUGGCCAAGGACUAUGCUCCUGCAGGAACACUUACCAAAACUUCAAUAAUGUUAGGAUGUGGAGAAACACCCGAGCAAGUUGUCAGAACUAUGGAGAAAGUGAGAGCAGCAGGUGUGGAUGUGAUGACACUUGGUCAAUAUAUGAGACCGUCAAAGCGCCAUAUGCCAGUGUUUGAAUACAUUACACCUGAGGCUUUUGAGAAUUAUCAAACUCUUGGCAUGGAAAUGGGAUUUCGAUAUGUUGCAUCUGGUCCUAUGGUUAGAUCUUCAUAUAAAGCAGGUGAAUUCUACAUCAAAUCCAUGAUUGAAUCAGAUCGGGCUGCUUCUUCACAGCUUCCUGUUUGUUGAUGAGUAUUUUUUUCCCUCUUACAUAUAAUAUCAUAAAAUCAUCACUUCCUGUGCAUUGUUUAAGUGAUAAUUACUUGGGCUUAAGCUCAGCCAGCUUUAGUACUUCUUUAAAGUGGUCAAGAGCCUUGUAGCUCAAUUGACACCUAUUGGAUUUCUAAGGCUUUGCUCUUGAGUUUUGUUGACAAAAAUAGUUUUGAAUUUAUGUAUAUAGUGUUAUGAUCCAUGUAAGGCAAUAUACCUGCUGAUUUUCAUACAAAAUUGUGGUCUUUGGUGAACUGCGUUGGAUUAGAGAAGUGAAAUCAAAUUAAUGAAGACUGUUUGGAGCCAAAGCAUAUGUGAUUUAAGCAAA